AGAAGAGGACUGCUUUUCCUCGAUAGCAGAUCAUGCUAUCUAUCUACAACUCACAUGCUACCGCAUAGGAUUGUUCCAUCAUGCUCACCUUGGAAGGGUUCGAUUUUUAGAGGGCUUUCACUCCAGCUUAUUCCGGCGCGACCCUACGUUUCCAAACCAGGGGCACCGAAAAGACCGAGUCGUUUUGGUGACAAACACAUCAGUCUCGACCACGUAAGAGGCAGCAUUGUUCCAUCUGCCCCACUAGUCAAUUGCUAAUCUAUGCCAAUAGUUCCUGCUCCGCGGUCGCGUUGUCUCUCUCUACCGCGAUAUAAUCCGAGGAUGUCGUAGAAUCACCAAUCCCAGCUCCAAGAAGGAGAUGAUAGAUAUGGCUCGGUAUGAGUUCAAGAGGAAUAAGGAUGUGCAGGAUCUUGUGUGUUGUUGGUUCCUAUCUAGCUCGGUUGAUGGCCGAGGUGGAAUACCAUCAUACACAACAGCAGCUAAUCAUUCGGGCAGACGCAGAUACGUUAUCUACUUUCUACCGGAAGAACACAAUGGGAGGGAAUGGAACGGUAUAUUGACGGAUUAUGAUCACGGGGACUGUAUGCUUUCGGAAAUCUAAAGCUGCAUCACUCUAGAAAUGUCACGAAGAAGAUUACGAUCCAAGCCUCUUGAACCAAAGGCCGCAAGUAUGACACAUGAAUCUACUUGCAUUUCACUGCUCAGGCUCACUGGAAUCAGAAGUCUCAACUCUCAAACGGGAUUCACGAAGCCACCAUUCGCCAGCUUGACCCAAAGCACACGAGCAUUGAUUGAAGAAAGAGAGACAGAGAGAACCCUCCAUGCCCUUUACAAGCGAACAUACGGAUUUAUGAGAAAGUAAUUAAAUAUUUAGAUAUCGAAAGCCAAACCAGUUCCCUAGCUCACCCAGACAACAAAAGGCCAAGAAAACUUCAUUUGGAAGCAAGAAAUAACACCACUCGAAGACGAAUUAAUCAAUACGCAUGUGUCCUACAUGUAGCUCUCAUUGCCGCCCUAGGAAAACCACUACUCGCUAUCAUCCUCCGGAAAAGCCCCCGGGCUCGGUGACAUCAUGGGUGACUCGCUAGGUGCUCGCUUAGUCUUCUGACUGCUAGGUUCUCCGGAAGGUUGAUUAGCUGCUGGUCUUUUCCUAUUGCUCCUCCUCACGCCCCCCUUUGGUGGCGGCUUUGGAUCGCUAGGAUCAAUGCCCAAUUGCUUGCACACAUCCAAAAUUUCCUCUCUCGACAAUUCAUCCCAUUUCUUAUCAGCUUCCUUCUCUAUAGCGGCUCGAACUUCUUCCUGGUUUUUUCUUUUCUGCUCGUAUACUUGCCGCGCCUCCAUUGCCUUGAUCUCCCAUUGUUUGUAAUAAUUUUCAAGGAUUUUUGGGUCUGGAGCACCCGGCUGUUUUUGACGCUCUUCAAUAUCUCUAAGUCUCUUUUCAGCUGGUGUUAUAGAUAUGGGGUUGAAAUCUGGUGGCAGUUCAGGAAGAGCUGGGCGAAAGAUUGCCGCAACUGGUUUCGUUGGCUUCUGCGUUUUUUCGGACUCUGUUGCUGGUUUUGUUUUGAAUUCUGGCACUGCGGUUUGAUUAGUUUUAAAUCAAUAGUGAUAUAUGGGGCAUGGACAACUCACCAUCCGCCAAGUCUUGUUCCAUCCUGAAAGAUUGAUAGGCUUCUUGAUACGGCGUCUCGCCAAAUGGAAAGUAUGGUGGGCCGUCAGCGCCUCGAUAAAUCUCUCCUGGGAGUUGAUCUGGUUCUUGCUCCUCUGGUGGUUUCACGUCGGCCUUUGUUCGCACAACGGGGCCAGACGAUCUGAUUGCAAGUUGAGUUACUUCGGUUUGGCAUCCCACGGGGAAUCGGCGCAUAUUGAAAUAUUUCCUUGGACCUUGGGUAACUUUCAAUUUCUCGCCGGCUAUCUCCAAUUCCCUUUCUAUGGGAACAAGCCGUGGUGCAGCAAAAUCCCAAACAUGUUCGUUUUCAGGGAAACGAGAUUCCCAACUGUUGUUGUUUUCUUCCAGAACUUGAAUCUGGAGCAAGGUGGCUGCUUGUUUUGCUGUCAUGUUUCUUGGGUCAUUACCUUGGAACUCCAUUGCGCUUCGUUGGGCGAUGUCUGGCGCAAUCUCAUGGAGUUCCAAUGCAAGGUCUUGCAGGCUUUCCGGUGGGUCCUCAGGCUUCACGCCCUUGAAGACGGUGCUGCGAAGGUAUGAAACCUCGGCUUCAUUAAGAUUUUGCAUGAAAUCGCGAUAGGUGAUCUCAUAUCCCGAUUUUUGCUCAGCCAGUUCUGCUUCAAAGCUCCCACGGUAGUCUGCGAGAGUUGACAACCCGCGAGUAAUAAGACGUCCAAGUUGCCAAGACAAUCUUUGAAGGUACUCGUAUUUGUUGGGCUGCACAAUGCAUGGCCCAAUCGUUCCUUCAGCAUCGUAUCGUACCUCGUAGUGGCCCAACUGAUUCUGCUUCACACCAGGAGCGCCUGGGAUUGCACUUAGGGAUGUAACAUAUUUAUUUUCGGGGUGGCCAUCAAAUGGGAUCUGAGAUACCAUUUCCAUACCCUCCUGGUCAUCAUUGUAACUAGAAGUUGUAAGCACAAUCUGCCUUGUUGAGAAAAGAGGUGUCUCAUGACUAACCGAAUCACCUGUGCAAGUCUCAUGCCAUCCAAGUUAUGCUUCGCCUCAUCCUCCGUCCACAGAUGAAUAUUUUUGCCGCCAGCUUCCACACGUUUGCUGUUCAUGAGUUGCAGAAGGGACUUCAAAGAAAUACCUGUCUUGCCCUUGACAUAUGGAUCGUGUGGUUGCUGUACCAAUCUAAUAGUAUCCUCUCUCGAUUGCUUCGGCGGUUUAUAAGCUUCCCAGAGGGGAAUGUAUUCUCGAACGUCUUCAAUAUCAUUACAGAACUCCGUCAACUUUGCCAUGUCCCAAUCAGGCACUCGCACAUCAACCUCUUCAAAAGGACGUUGUGACUCAUCCCAAGAAGGUCCAGCAAUCUCGUUGAGAAGGUCGAUUCCGGGGUUUGUCAGCUCAAUACUCUGCUCGACUCGUUGGCCGUUCGGAGUCACGAUUUCUUUGUAGAAGAUAGACGGCUCUCCCGCUCUCCACCGCAAGCCUUCAUCUACACGAUCUAUCAAGGCAGCCAUCAACGGCCGGGGGGAGAUUUUGUUCGCGCGAGCCAUACUGCUGUAAACACUGGUUAAGAUAUUCUUUGCCCUCGCGGUCACUUCCUGGUACUGCUCAAGCGAGGCUACUGAGAAGGGACCGCUCAGAUUCGCAGGAGGAUCGAGCAGACCACGUCGUUGUUCUAUGGCCUUGGUUCGACCCAGAUGAUACUUCAUCUCCAUCUCCCAGCGGUAGGCCGCGACCUUCUUGGUAAAGUAGAAGGGCUCCAGCUCGACUGGGCGUUUGGUGGGAUCCAACGGCAACGUCAAGGGCACUUCGGGACGGUCACUCCAGUCGACGUGUGGAGGGGGCAGCUGGACAAUACGGAACUUGUCAUCGGGUCGAUGCUGUUCCUCGUUGGUACACAGAAGGUUCAGGCCCAACUCGAUGGCGGCUCGCUGGAUGCCGCGUCGUUCGGCUUGGGGGGUGUAGUCGAUGGUCGUCCUGGCGGCUGCUUCUGUUGUUUGCUUCGCCUUUCGCAUCAACUCCAGCUUGGCAUUUUCCCUUCUGGCCUGCCGCUUCCUCUCGCGGGCCUGGAUGGACGAGGGAUUCUCGCUGAAGGCAACAUAAAAGGUCUUGAAUUCGCCAGGCGUCGCGGCCGCCGGGUCGACCCUGGUGUCGGCACCUGGGGGAAGCACCUGUACAUCGUCGUAGCCUUUCCACGCGUUGAUGCAGGACUCGCGCAAGGCGUUGAUUUCGUCUCGCGUGGCCUGGGGCAGCGUGUCGAAGCGAUCCAGCAUGGCCAGCCGGAAAUCUUCACCGAAAAUGCGCUCGACGUUGUCGACCCAUCCCGCCAGCUCUGGGCGGUGCACGCCUGAUGCGUACAUGACCCUCAUCAAGAGGUUCUUGUCCUCUCGACUCAACGUGGUGUUCCAAAGGCCACGCGCCUCUCGUGCGGUCGACACGAUGGCCCUCGCUCGCGCAACUCUGCUGAGUUGCGAUGGGUUGGCCUCCUGCUCGGCUGGAAAGAUGAGGACCCCCAGCGCCUCGGUGGCCUCUUGAACCGCCUCAUCGCUGCUUUCGACGACGCAUUGCACCCCACCGGCUUUCUCAAUCCAGCGAUACCACGUGUCGGAGAUGGCCUUGAAGUAGAGCAACUUCUCUCGGAUGUUGCCGAGCACGCUGCUGAUGCGGUUUUCAUACCACCACACUACUGGCGGCUUCGGCGCGGCAGGAAUCUUCUGCCGCAAGGCACUGAGCUUUCGUAGCUCACUAUCGAGCUCGACCUGUGCGAGCUCCAGCUGGGUCCGCUCCACCUGAAUCUGCACCCACCCACGUAUGAGCUCGGGGGGAAAGUGAUUGGACAGCAGAUAGUGUAGGUCAUCGUCUUCCUCGAGCGUCCGGUCUUUUCCCUUGGCUAGCAGCAGGUUGAUUCGAUAUUCGCGGCUCUGGAUCGCCUCCGGAAGCUCUUGUCGCGGUGGUCGGUCGAGAGUACGACCCUUCCUCCUUCGCUUCUCCGCAAGUUCUUGUCGAUACCACGGCUCGUCGUCAUCGGCCUUGAUGGGAGUCUUGGAGAGCCCUUCGGUCGGAUGCAUCCAAUAUGGGAUCCACGCAGGCUCUCUCAUCGCCCACUCGUACGCACGUCCUUCCACGAACAUCAGAUUUGUACCCUCAUCAACCGUAUCCGGAUCCUGCGUGCUGUCGACGGCCAAGGCCUUGAUGAAGCCCGCGUGCUCGGCGUUCCGAUCAACGGAAAAGGGCGGGUCCUCCCCUCUCAUCUGGGCCUCAACCCCCAUCGCCUCUCUCUCGCUCUGCCAUUGCUGUGUCUGACUCCCUGUAAGCAACCGAUUGGAUCGAGGUUGUAUCAAGGGCUUAGUGCCACAGUCGGUGUCUAUCCAUCCUUGUUGCACACGCUUGUCCCACUCAUGAUGAGUCUCGGACAUAAUCCUGACAUCUCGGAAAAGUUUCUCGUCAAACUGGAGCUUUUCUCCCUUUAUGUACUUGAGAUAUUCAUCAAUCUCUGCAUGCUUUUCGCGAAAACCAAUACAUCUGUUAGGAUCUUCGUCUGCGAGGAAGUUUUUGGCGGCCUCGAGGCGCUCAUUGAUUGGAAGCUGUGGAUGACCUUUGAAUUGACGGUCUGGGGGGACAGGCUCAGGUAUCCCUGUGGGUCCUUUGGGAAUCCCAGGAAAACUUUCGGAUAUGGUCAGUUCUUGUUCAUAAUCUGAGAAGCCAUUUGAGAGAGUAGAGAAGCCUACAGUUUACCCAUAUCUGUCAUUUUAAGAGUGCUUUACUGAAAAAGUUCUACUUUGGUUCCGGCCUGUUCUCUCUUGAGCAUGCAAUCUUCACCAAAACUCGUGGAAGCUUGUGGCCAUCUCCUCAAAUCGUCGUAUGUUCGGGAUGAAUUCGUAAGCAGAGAUUCCGCGCUUUUCGUACCUCCAACGGAGAACGUUGCAGCUCGUUCUCGUGCUUUCGAUUACAAUGUAAAUCUAUUUUGCAGAGAAUUGAAGUUUUCGCAAAAGUUGGAAUGCGACCUUGACCUCGCGCGACACGGUCGUUGUGCUGAAUGUAAGGAGAAAAGGGGGUUGGGACGGCUGAUAAACAAUAUACAUUCCACAACACACAAGCGGACAAUGAAUCAACAAUGACUGGAAUGUUGCAUUAUCAAAUCAAAUUACAGAAUUCCACCGAACUCCGUUCCAUUGGCAAAUAACUCUAUAUUGAAUUUCCACGUUGCUGCAUGAUUUUCACGUUGUGUCUAGAAUUUUCUACCUGUUAAUUUAAGAAAAUAACAAGUUCUCCGUUGUUAGAUAUACAGGUACGAUGUCAUCUUGGAGGAGACUAAGAAAAAAGCAACGGUUGGCUGAAAGCAGCUUUCAUGAAAUUUUAGUGGCACAGAUCAAACAAAGAAACACGGUUGGUGAAUCUCGCUUAACCAGCACCCGGACUCGCAUCCUCUUCUAGAAAUAAUCUUCUUGAAAGGAAGUGCACAAGUGUCUGUUAUAUCAUUUUUCAUGCUUGAUGGAAGUAGCCCGAGUAUUUUUGGCUUACUUCGCAGCCAAUCACAGCUAGGAACCAAACCCCCAAGCUACUUAAUCGGAUUUCAUAGACGUCGGAAGACCUACCCAAAGCAAUCCAACACAAUCAACGAGUCCUAAGCAGGAACUCUUCAUUUCUCCGACCGAAGAUGCCCAUAGUAACACGCGAGCAUCGAGCUCUCAAUUACUCCGAAACAGCGCAAGCGCAAAACCUCACCAGCAUCACCUCCCCAACCGGCAUCACCACACCCUCCUCCCCCCCUUCUCCAUCCAAACACGCAAAGUGCUCGCCCAAAUCACCAAAAGACUUCCGAUUCCACAUCCCUGCACGAGCUGCACCACCACCACCACCUCGCCCAAAGCGCAGACCAAAAAACUUGAAAGACACGUCCCACGCGCGAGACGCCAGGUCUUCUGCGCCUUCCCCACGAACACCGUCGACGCCGAAGAAGAGUCCUAAAUCCCCGCG